UGGAAUGUAUUACGACGUGGCUGAAGGUUUGCUUGUCUGAGACAUUUGGUUCUCAACAUGUUCACCAUGUGAGGAUCGUGGGACCGCGGUUUUGCGGUAAAUCUUCGCUCGCCAGACGGUUUGUGACUCACGCGGUCCUCAACGAGGAUCCAGGAACAACUGAGGGUACUGAAGUCUCCGUGGCCAAUCUUGGACCAGACUUGUUCGUAUUAUAUGACUCCGAUAACAAUUUCGAUACGGAAUACAACAACGUUAAGAGGCUGAAUCCUUCAAGCAAGCAUAUUACUCUGAAACCCCCAGACGCUCUUGUCUUUGUUAUUGACGGGACAGACGUGGGACGACUGCCCCUCAGUAAUUCCCUAACACCCUAA